AUGGCGAUCGCGGAAAUCAAUGAUGGAAGAGCAGACGUUUUAGCGGAUGACCAGCAAGAGCUGCGUGGAGCGGAUUCCGAGGGCGACACUCGGUGUUUGAGUGGAGAAGACAUUGCUGCACGUUCUGCAACAUCAGCACCGGGUGUCGCUCCAAAUCAUCCUGUGCCCAAUCCCGCAACUGACCAAACGACCGGAGAACACUCGAUUUCGAGGAGUAACGAUGAUUCAAAUGAGGAAAUGUGUAGGAUUUGUUUGGAAGGCCCUGGACCUGGGAAACGUUUGAUCACUCCAUGUUGGUGCAGUGUCAAUUGCAAUUUCAUGAAAGAGGCGAUUUUCUUGACAUUUUGGUGCACCUUCCUCGCGCUGGUGAACAUCAUGAGCAUCGAACCUGCUGUUGAGGGUUGGAGAGGAUCCGUCAAGUCUGAUGACCUGCUGCCUUUGAUUCAACUUGUCCUCACCACAAUGGCGAUUGGUCACAACUCAUAUCUUCUAAUGAAGUGUUGUCUAAAGUUGUAUGCGAGCAUGAAAUAUUGCUGCGACAAUCACACGCAUGUGACUUUGAUGGAAGAGAAAAGGCUUUUACCUCGAAGACAGAUUGAGAGGCCGGUUCCUGUGAAUCGGCUCCCAGGUCUGGUGGAAUCCGACGACCGAGCUCAAGCAGUGAAUGACGCAGCCAAUGGAGGACAAGAAGAGGACAGGACAUCCUUGGGUGCAUCCGUUUUGCCAAUCGAUGGCACAAGUGCUGAUUUCUUCAGCCUGAGCUCCUUGACUUUCCGUCUUCCCCAGAGCACUUCAUUCGAUGGGUCUGGAAUGGACAGGGAAAUGAGACAAGGAAUGCCGAGAACCAGUGAAAACUGCUCUUUGCCAGUUCGAAUAUUUGGAAGUGCCCUGAACCCAGGGUCUCGCAACCCGAGUCAACAACAACAACGGAUUCUGCGUCAUCGUACUCAUCGGCGAGAACGGGUACUUCUACUCCGGAAACUGGGACCGGAAAAGCCACGAUUCUGCAACAGGUUUCGGAACCACGGGCGAGACAAGCAUUUCUGA